AAUGAUACUCGAUUAUUUAUGACAUUACUGACCAUGAUGUAUAAAACAAUAACUAGAAACAGAAAGCCUUUUUGUCCUAAUACUCGAGAGAAAAGUACUUUAAGGAAAUAUGUAUCGCUUAAAAUGUCAAGUAAUGGAUUAUGAUUGGGGUAGAGUCGGUCAUGACUCUCUAGCUGCACAGUUUGCAAAAAAUGGAAGUGGGUUUGAUGUCAAGGAAGACAAACCAUAUGCAGAGCUAUGGAUGGGUUCAUAUCAUUCAGGUCCUUCAAUCGUGAUGCAGACUGGCGAGACUCUUGAUAAAUUAUUGACUCCAGAAACGAUGGGACAGAAGAUUUACGAGAAAUACGGAAACCAGCUUCCCUUCUUGUUCAAGGUCCUUUCCAUCAACAAGGUUCUUUCCUUGCAAGCUCACCCUGAUAAAAAGCUUGGAAAAGAAUUACAUGCCAACGACCCAAAAAAUUAUAAGGAUGAUAACCACAAGCCUGAAAUGGCGCUUGCCUUAACAGAAUUCCAAGGUCUCUGUGGAUUCCGCCACGGUGAGCAAAUCAACUCUUUCUUGAAAAACAUUCCUCCUUUCCGCGAAUUUGUUGGAGAGGAAGCUGCUUUGACAUUUGAAAAUGAAUACAAAAAAAAUGAGAGAGAAGCUCUUCGUGAGCUCUUUAACGUUUUGAUGAGUAAUGAUAAUGACAAACUCGAAAAAUAUGCCCCUCAACUUGUCAAAUUCGCCAAGGAUGCUGAUCAUGAGUUUGGAGGUAAGCCGUUCGGUGGUCAUGAUUUAAGUGCAUUGAUUCUUCGUCUCAAUGGUCAAUACCCUAAUGAUAUUGGCCUUUUUAUUACUCUUUUGCUCAACCACGUUAAUUUAAAACCCGGAGAAUCCAUCUUCCUCCGUGCGUUAGAUCCUCAUGCGUAUAUCGCUGGUAACAUUGUAGAAUGCAUGGCUUCUAGUGACAACGUCAUUCGUUCAGGGUUCACUUCCAAAUUUAAGGAUAAGAACACCUUGGUAAAAAACCUAACCUAUGAAACUGGCUCUGCUGACGACCAACUCACACGCCCUAUUCCGUUCCCAAAGGCGCAUGGGACCGGUAAAACCGUCGUCUACAAACCUCCUAUCGAAGAAUUUAAUAUUUUGCAAACUACGGUUGCUCCUGGCCAGAAGCAAUCAAUUCAUGAUAUUCAAGGCCCCAGCAUUCUCAUUGUUGUAGAAGGAAAUGGUCUUCUUCAUGGAGAAAAUGGAGAUAUCGCUUCCGUUGCUCCAGGCUUUGUAUUUUUUGUUUCUGCCAACUAUCCGUUGACUAUCUCUUCCUCAACGAAGAACAUGGUCGUUUAUCAAGCAUACUGCGAGUGAGCUUUAAACUUCAAUUAUGGCUCACAUGCUGCGGAAUUCUAAUUAGCUAGUAGCUACUCGAAAAAAAUAUAAAUCAAAAACAAAUUUUUAUUAAUUAUUUAACAAAACAAAAAAGCA